AUGUUCCCUCCCGAAGAACCACACUACGUCACCUACAUUCCGGAGGUGCACAAUGGAAGACUGGUGUUGCGAAAGGAAGAGGAGCAGCCCGAACCGGGCGAGACGAAGAGCACCGAAAAGACGAAAAGACCGCCCGUGAUCACCUUUUCGGAACUCUUCCCUUUUGUUCUCUAUUACAACAAGUUCAAAGAAAUCCUACCGAAACUGCGUCCACCGAAUCCAUUCUUCAUCACUCUGUUCGUCGGUGGUCUUGUGAUGAACUACUCGAAUAUUCUGAACUUCUUCACAGAUUCUCCCGGCGGAUAUGCAACUAUCAUUGUUUUUGUGAGUUUUUUUUGCAGAGAAAACAAGUACUGAAGCUAAUCUAGUCAUACGUGUGAUUUUACGGCCCGACACAGCCGUGACAACUAUAAGUGUAGUCCAGAGAUGUUGGGAAUUCCGUGUUCCGUGUUCCGUGUUCCGUGUUCCGCGUUUUUUUUCAAUAUUUUUCCGUGUUCCGUGUUCCGUAAAAAAAAAAUUUCCUUGUUCCGUGUUCCGUGUUCCGUAGAAAUAAGUUUUUUCCGUUUUCCGUGUUCCGUAUAAACUAUAUUUUCCGCGGAAAAAUUCGAUCACAAGUGGAUUCCAUUUUCAGUCGUUUUUUACUGUAGUUGUUUACUGUUGUGUUGUUGGUUUUGUUAUUUUUAUGAAAUUUUCAGUAAAACUUUCACAUGAGUCAAACAGCUGCCUUGUCAGUCAGAUAAUCGAAUUAAACAAAACAUUAUUUUUAAAAAAAUCUUUUUUUUUCCGUGUUCCGUGUUCCGUAAAAAAAAAAAAUUUCCGUGUUCCGUAGAAAUAAGUUUUUUCCGUUUUCCGUGUUCCGUGUUCCGUAAAAAAAAAAUUCCGUCUUCCGUGUUCCAUGUUCCGUAGAGUAAAAUUUUUAUUCCCAACAUCUCUGGUGUAGUCCCUGAUCGAGUUUUACUCAAACAACUGUGUGUUCAGAAAUGUCUGCUGGCGUGUACUCUGUGCGGAAUGCUCUACGACAAGUACAAAACAAGCACCGACUUUGGCAACAAACAAACCGUUCAAUGUCGGAUUUGGACGGCCACCGACGACUUCCAGAACCACGUGGAAGAGCUGCCGCCGCUCUACAGCGGCGCUCUUCUCCUCUUGGCUUUCGCGUUUUUCGCCGCUCCGUCCGCCGCCUGCAUUCUCAUCUACUCGUCGUAUUGGGCCGGAUUGGUAGGCGAUCGAGUCGCGUCUCAUCCUGCUCUAAUCCUUGUUUUUCGCUCACUCAGGUCAUCCUGAUUCCUCUCCUCUAUUGGCCGGAUUUUGUGGAUAAAGUGUACAAAGAGAAGGAGGACAUCGAGAUCAUUUGGUUCGGCGGAAACGAUGAUAUCGUUGAGAGUGGAGGGGGCGAGCGCAAGAAAGUGAACGAUUACGGACUGCUCGAGAAACUCGCCAAAAGUCGCAAGUGAAGGAUGUAAUUCUCUAAUUCAACGUUCAAUUUAUUAUGUUUUGUUUAUCAACCAACGAUUUUCGCAAUGAUAUUGAUAAAAACCUUAAUCACCGAAACAGCUGAAAGUGUGUGGAAAAUAGAAAAGAUCGUCCAGGUAAAUUAAGGGUAGUUUCAGUCGGAUUAUCGGGUUAUUCAGGCGAUGAAAAAAUGAUUGUUUUCCGUUUUUUUUCCUAUUCAGCGAUGUCAAAAAAUGGAAAAAUUCAAAAUUUAACAACAAAGUUUGUCUUUUUUGCCAGAUUAGCCACGAAAAACCGAUAAUUUCUCAUUUGUCUCUCGAUAGACCAAUUGUAUAGGCUAUUAUGAAUUUUUUAAGCGCAAGAGCGUUAAAUUUGGUCAAGUCGCAAAUCACAUUUAUCCGUUUGAAGGUUUUUGGCUAAAACUGCGUGAAUUUCAGUUGCUUUUCGGUAAUUUUCGCGGUUCGAGCGCUCAAAAUGCUUGUAUUUACGUGAUUUAUCAUUCUCAAAACUAAUUCUGUCGGAAAACGGUCAAGAAAGCGCAAAAUGAGAAGUGCGGUUUUUAGGCGGCGAUCGGCGGCGAAAAAUGCGCCAAACAACUGCGUCCAACUGCUCGCACUGGCUCCUGGAUACUGGAACAUUCCGGGUCAAUGGAGGGCGUUCCACUAG